UUCGUCAGUCGGCGAACGGACGCAGAAGCGUCCACAUCUGUUUUUAUUUGUUGUUCGAUUUUUUGCUUGUGUAUAUUCAUUGUGCAUAUUUAUACAUAAAUAUAUAUAAAUAUAUAUAUAUAUAAAAAGAGAGUAUCUAUAGUUUCGUGUGUGUAUGUGUGUGUGCGUGCGUGCGUGCGUGCGUGUAUGUAUGUUUCAGUUUUAUUCUUUUUCUCGUUUCCUUUUUCUUUUUGAUUGAAACCAGUUUUUCGUAAUUAUUCUCUCGGCUUUCCAAACGUUUUUCAAUUUUUAUAUUUAUUUAACGAAAUUUUAUUUCAAGUCUAUCGAUUCUUUCUCUUUCGACGAUUAUUGUUAUUAUUUCUUUUUUCUUUUCUUUUUCUUUUUUUCUUUUUUCUCCCGACUUUUAUUAUUUCUUACUUUUUUUCUUUUUUUCUUUCUUUUAAGAAAUUUGAUAUACUGAGAGACGUAUCAUUUAACAGCGAAAUAAAUUCUAUCUACGAAUCGUAAGAUAUUUCGAUACGUUUGACAACAAUCUUCGUCGUGCUUCGUACGUACGGUUUGAGGUUAACUUCCGAGUGAUAACUGCGAGAAUCAAGGUAGAAGUAUUUUCAUUUUUCUUUCAUUCUUUUAUUUUUCUAAGUUGGUAAAUAAUCGAAAGAAUAGAGUGUGGUAUAUAGAUUAAGUGUGAGGAAAGUGUUGUUAAUUGUGUAUAUGUGUGUGUGUGUGUGCGUGCGUGCGUGUACAUUCGUAUAUAUUUCGACGUGAAAAAAAAAUAUUACAAUUAUUGCUUCUACGGUAGUGAAAUAGUGUCGAGGUGAAGGACAUCGCGAAAAGAGAACGAAGGUCUUUCGUUCGAACGAUUGACGACCUAUCGCGAUGUGGCAAAAAUUACUGAAGAAGAUGCGGCCUUGCUGCUGGAGUUGAGACCGCCUCGCAGACUACGAAAAUUCGAGGGUCCACGUCCGAAAGCGAUAACCAGAAAGUAAGGACCUACAAAAAAAAAAAAAAAAUCGGCGUGUCUCAUCUAUCUUCUUCCUAAUUGUUUCAUCGUUGAAACGAAACUUUCGAAAAAAGCGUGAGAGCAUAUAAGUUAAUGAGAACUUAACAAAAAGGAAAUAAGGGAAAAGCAAAACAACUUCGAAUAAAAACAACGACAACAAAUAAAACAGAACUCUCAUCCCCACGAAAGUAGAAGCGCGCGAAAAAAAAAGGAAGGGUUGUAUUUUUGAGAGCCGAGAGUUGUAUAUGUGUGUAUAUAUGUACAUAUAUAUAUAGAUGUAUAUAUAAAUACAUAAUAUACGUACAUAUACGCAUAGUCACGGAUAUAUUAGAAAUAUUUAAAAGUGACGAGAGACGAGCAUUUAUAAAAAAGAAAUCUCUAGCUUCUUUCCUUGUGUUUUUCUAUAUAAAAAAGUGCAGAGACAACUAGACUGAUUUUAAAAACACACUGAAGGAACAUUUACGUAAAUGUAAAAAAUAUAUAUAUAUAUAUAAAUAUAUAUAUAUACACAUAUACAGAAAGUUAAAGGGAGGGGGUGAGAGAAAAAAAGGGUGCAAAUAAGAUAAAGACCACCCCUCAGUAGUAAAAAAAAUAUAUACAUAUAUAAUAAUUAAAUUAUAUUAAAUUAAAUCGAAUCAAAAUCAAGGACGAAACAAAACAGAUACGUAUACACAGAAACGAAAAGAAGAACAAAAUAAUAAUAAAAAAAAAGAUGGCUCUGAUGAUUUCUUGGUCCGUUUCGAUGAAUCGUCUGAUCAAUGCUGCACUCACGUUCCUCAUCGUUCUUCGAUAUUGUGCUAUCGCCGCCGACGAUAAGAGCAAUACUAAGCCUCCUCCGUGCCCCAGCAAUAUUUACUGCCAUGGCGAGCUGUUGCACAGAGUACAAAUGUCGUCGAUAUACUCGGACUCGAAGACUUUCGUCGACAUGAAGAUGAAGCAUUCACCGGAAAAAACGCUGGCGUUAUUCCAUGAAUUCAUGAAUCGUACCGACGAAGCACCAACUAAACAUGAAAUAGAAAAUUUCGUUAACGAUACAUUCGAUCCCGCUGGAUCGGAAUUCGAAGAUUGGAAUCCAACCGAUUGGACAGCUAAUCCGAGAUAUCUUAAAAAGAUAAAUGAUCCGGAAUUAAGGAAAUUUGGUUACGAUCUCAAUCAAAUCUGGAAGAUGUUAGGUAGAAAAAUGAAGGAUGACGUUAGAUUGAAUCAGGAUCGUUAUUCGAUCAUAUAUGUACCUAAUCCGGUGAUCGUACCAGGCGGCAGGUUCCGCGAAUUUUAUUAUUGGGAUUCAUAUUGGAUCAUAAAAGGACUUUUAUUAUCAGAUAUGUAUGAAACAGCGAAGGGUAUGUUGACCAAUUUUGUGAUGAUCGUUGAUAAAAUUGGUUUCAUUCCUAAUGGCGGUAGAAUAUAUUACACCAUGAGAUCUCAUCCGCCUCUUCUUAUACCAAUGGUCGAUGAGUAUCUUCAAGUAACCAAGGAUUAUGAAUGGCUCGAUACAAAUUUCUGGUUACUCGAAAAGGAAUUUAAUUUCUGGCUAACCAAUCGUACUGUUGAGAUUGAGAAAGAUGGUGUCAAGUAUACUCUUGCUAGAUAUUAUGAGGAAUCGUCUGGACCAAGACCAGAAUCCUACAGGGAGGAUAUUCAAACCAGUCAAAGUUUUCGUACAUCCGAGGAAAAGGAGAAUUAUUACACGGAGUUGAAAACAGCUGCUGAAACUGGCUGGGAUUUCUCUAGUCGUUGGUUCAUACUCGAUGGAACCAAUAAAGGUAACUUGACCAAUCUGAAGACGAGAAGUAUAAUACCAGUUGAUUUAAAUUCGAUAUUAUAUCGAAACGCAGUACUAUUGGGUCAGUAUAGUCAAAGGUUAGGUAAUGCUUCUAAAGCGGCAUAUUAUUUGAACAUUGCCGAGGAAUGGAAGAGAGCUGUGACCGCUGUGUUAUGGCACGACGAAGUUGGUUCUUGGUUGGAUUACGACAUAAUGAAUGAAAUAAAGAGGGAUUACUUUUAUCCUACAAACAUCUUGCCACUUUGGACAUUUUGUUACGACAUCAGUAAAAAAGAACAGUAUGUAUCGAAGGUAUUAAAGUAUCUUGAAAAGAAUCAGAUAAUGUUAAAUGUUGGUGGAAUACCAACGACAUUGGAACACUCCGGUGAACAAUGGGACUAUCCUAACGCCUGGCCCCCUCUUCAAUAUUUCGUUAUAAUGGCCUUGAAUAAUACUCAAGAUGCAUGGGCCCAAAGGUUAGCCUAUGAGAUAAGUGAAAGAUGGGUUCGCAGUAAUUACAAAGCUUUCAACGAAACGCACAGCAUGUUUGAAAAGUACGAUGCAACAGUUUUCGGUGGUUAUGGCGGUGGUGGAGAAUACGAGGUCCAACUUGGUUUUGGCUGGUCCAAUGGUCUCGUCAUGAUCCUCCUCGACAAAUAUGGUAGUACCUUGACCGCGGUAAACAAAUUCGCGACUGAUAAAGUUGAGCACAGUAGUGCGCAACCCCAAGUUGUUGUAUCGACUGCUGGUCAAGUGAUGACUGGUAUUCUUGCCCUCAUCAUCUCGUUAGCGGCAGGAUUUAUAGGAAUGGUAAUGUACAAACGUAGACAGUACAACGUACCAGGGCCGUCAACAUUGGGUAGCAGAAAAAAAUAUGGGCCUCCCGAUAAUAACGUUUACCGGAAAAGAAUCGCUUAUACGGAAUUGAAAGAUAUGAAUAAUGAUUGACGAACCUGAUUGUUUAGAACUCGGCUGGCUUUAUCAUCAUUAGAAAAGAGUUAUUAGAAAAAAAAAGAUUGAUAUACGUCAUACAUAGUACGUCGUUUAAGGGGAAUUAAAAGAAAAUGCUCUUAUAUAGGUAUAAAAAAUAUAGUGAGAGAGAGAGAGAGAGAGAGAAAAUGUGAAGAAGAAGAAGAUGAAGAAAAAAAGUGGCCUCAGGGACGUGAUUGAAACAAAACUGUUGAGUGUGUUAGACAAAGAAAGAAAGAGAGAGAGAAAAAGAUUGGAAGAGCGGGAGUUAAACCUGGUUUAACAAGAUAAAAAAAAUGGAUCAGAUUAGACGACGUAAAAUAUAUCUAUAUAAAAAGAAGUUCAGGUGUGAUGGAUCUUCGAUACCGUCCAACGUGUCUUCCUAUAAUGACUAAUAAUAAUUGAAAAUUCAAUUUUAAAAUAGCCGCAGGCGGCUUUCGAAGACACGUCUAAAAAGGUCUCGGAGUCCUUCAUUCGUCGUCGUCGUCGUCAUCGAUCGUUAAAAUCCUUUGAUUCUUCUCCUAUUCAUUAUCCGCCAUUUUGACGGGACGCCUACAAUGAAGAGUCAAGAUGGAGAACAAGAUGGAGUAUGUGUCGAAUGAAAAUAUUUGAUGAAUGGGACGAGUUGGAAUAAACAAAAAAGUGAAAAAUUAAAGGGAAGGGGUAGGUAUAUACCUACGUGUGUAUAUGCGUGUAUGUCUGUGUAUAUCUGUGGAUGGUUGGAUGUAUAUGUGUGCGUGUAAGAUAAGAGAGAAAAGCGCGAAAUAAAGUUCGUGGACUAUCUUGUUCCUAAGUAGAAUGUUUCCGUUUGAGAUGUCGUUGUUUGCAUCUUUCAUAAGAUGAAAGAGAUUCACAAACAACGAUGCCAAAGGACGAUUUUCGAAAUUGUGUGUCUACGAGGUAUAUAGUGAUGUUUUUUGUUUUCGGAAUGUGUGUGUGUGUGUGUGAGAGAGAGAGAGAGAGGGGGGAGAGAAAGAGAGAGAGAACAUUAAACCAAAGUCGACUAGUUCGCCGAGGUUUAAAUAAAAAAUGAAAUCUUUUUUUUAUAGGCCGGAGUUAAAAGAUUUUCAAGCUGCGAGUAUUUCUUCUCAAUUUUCUCUGUGGGGUUUUUGGUUUCUUUUUUCUUUUUUUUUCUCUCUUUUUUUGGAUUAAUAAGAAACUUCUGCACGCACUCACACACGCGUACAAACGGCAUUCUACGAAUUUAUAUCUAUUAUUUAUUAUUCACACGAAGACGUCAUCAUUUGUUGCUUAUUUACUCUAAUUAUUACCAUUAUUUCUUUUUCCUUUUCUUUCGUGAUUAUCGUUAUUUGAGAAUAAUUUUCUGACCUCCAUUUUGUUCUAUUUUUUAUUUUUUUUAUUUAUUUAUUUAUUUUUUUUUCUUUUUUUAUCUUUUUCUUUGAUUCUUACGAACGACGAAUGACGAUAGUCGAUCGUAAAUAGGGGAUGGUUAAAAAAACUUUGAAUAAAAACGAAAUAUCUCCAGUGUUUAGUAGUAUGCGUGAAUGUAUGUGUGUGUUUGUGUGUGUAUGUGCCCGUACGUGACGACGUACGCACAUGCGUGUAUACGUAAAAAGAUAAAUAGGUGAGUGCGUUUGUACUUUUAUUGACGUCAUUUCACAUAAGCUCGUCCAUCCCAAGAAACACUCUGGUUUUAAUAUUAUUAUUAGUACUAGCAUUAUUACUAUUAUUAUUAUUAUAUAUAAUUAUUACUAUUAUGUUAUUAUUAUAUUAUUUAGCACAUAUAUCUCGUCGUGUCAAAAUGUCGUACAAAACACGAACAAUAAUCACAUUCGUCCAAUAUGGCGGUAGCAGGAUUUGUUCUUUAAUUUUUUGUUAAAGACAUGCGAUAUAUACGAGCGCAGGAUAGAUAAAAAUAUACAUAUUAUACGUUUUUAAUCGAAAGAAAAAUGUCGUGUAAAAGAGAUUCGUUGUUAGCUUUUUGUUUUGAUUUCUACAUAAAAAUCGUGUAUCUCGGUGAUAAUAAUUCGUAGACAGUGAUGGAAAUAGUAUUUCGACGAUUUUAUUAAGUUUUCUACUAGUAUGUAAAUACACGAAAUUAUUUACCCUUCUUUCUUUAUUUUAUAUCUUAUUUUAUUUUAUUUCAAUGGGAAAAACAGUUUGAUUGAUAGAAUUAAUAACUUAAAGAAGGAGUUUUUAGCUUCGAUAAUUCGUACUGUAAUAAAAUAAAAAAAAAAAUAAAAAAAAGUAAAGCAUUAAAAAAAAAUAUAAAAAACAAAAAUGAAUAAUCAAAUUCUAGCGCCAUUUUAUUCUGCGCUCUUUCUAGCUUUAAUUGAAAAGCAAAAAAAAAAAGAAAAUAGAGAGAUUAGAUUCUUCAAACGCUUUCGAAAUUAGAUCUAUUUUAUAUGUAUGCAUGUAUGUAUGUGCAUAUAUAUAUAUAUAUAUAUAUGUAUGCACAUAUGUAUAUAAUUAUAUUAAAGAUCGAUCGAUUUUUUUAAUAAUUAUCUAUCAUAAUUAUUUAUGCUAUUUCCAUCACAACAUGAGGAUCGAUCGAUUGAUUCUUGGAAUUAUAAAUGUAAAUCCUGUGAUGAAAUAAUGCGAAUGACGAUUUUUUUUUAUAAAUUUGGACAAGCUAUGAUAUUGUUUUUUCAUUCAAUCAAGUGUAAAGUUUCGUCGAUUUUUCUUCUUUUUCUUUAUAUAAGCAUCAAUCAAUCAUUAAAAAAAAAAACGAAAUGAAAACAAAAGAACGAGAUUCUAUGAUUUUAACCAGAAUAAUUAAUGAAUGUGAUUGAUAUAAAUUUAUUUAUAGAAAAAGACGAAUGAUUAAAUCGAAUAUUUUCAAAAAAAGAAAUAACAAUAAUUCGUGUAAUAAAAUAAAUGAAAUCAGAUUGUAACUGGCUAAUAUGUGUGUGUGUAUAUAUAUACACACAUACACACACAAUUUAUAUAUACAUAUUUUAUUAAUGGAACUGUGUAAAUCUACAUUACUGACGUAUACAAAAGAAAAAAAAUAAUAUGUACGAGUCGGACAAUCGCCAUUACGAUGUCGAUUUUUCGCGGGAUUUUUUUGUCUUUUUAAAAAUAGUCUAUGUAUGUGUACGUAAAAUGCUCUUAGAUAAAUUAUUCACGAGAAUGUUGUAUUUUUACGAAUAUUUUUAUAAGCGUGCGUGUUUUCACCCAACAUCCAGAUAUUUUGAAAAAAAAACAAAAUAUAAUUUCGUUGGCUGGGAAGGGUUUCUUCUUUCUAUUCGACGGCUGGCAAGAGGGCCAAUAGGAAACGAGGAAAAAAGAGAGGGUGUAAAAAAAAACUCAAGGAUAUUCAUCGAACGAUUAAAAAGUUAUUAAAAAAAUGAAAUUAAGAAUUGACGAAGCUUCGUUUUUCUUCUUUUUUUUAUUGUUAUUAAUAAAUCUUAUUAUCGAUCUUGAUCGAA